AUGCAUCUCUUUGGCUUUGGUCGACGGUCCUCGACGCCGCCGGAGCCCGAGAACGCGCGCAUGGUGGCGCUUCGAAGCCUUGCGACGAGCGCUGUGGCUGCAGACGAGGCGCGCGCGUACGCUGAGGCGCUCGAGCUCUACACGCGUCUCAUCCAGAACAUGCUCGAGUUGUUGCCAGGCAUACCAGACCAAGACAGCUGGAAGAAGAAGAUCGAGGGCUACAUCACAAGAGCCGAGCAGGUCAAGGCCUUAGCAGUGCCGCCGCCGACCACGUCCAGCCUCGUCGCGCAGAACGAUCCGUACGCCCACAUGAUCCUCGACGAGGUGCUAGACAAAUCACCCGGCGUGCACUGGGAUGACAUUGCGGGACUGAGCUUCGCCAAGCAGACGCUCCAGGAAGCGAUUGUGCUGCCGACGCUUCGACCCGACCUCUUUACAGGCCUUUGCAGUCCACCCAAGGGCGCGCUGCUCUUUGGCCCGCCCGGUACCGGCAAGACCAUGCUCGCCAAGGCGAUUGCGACCGAGGCCAAGGCGACGUUCUUCUCCAUCACGGCAUCGACGCUCACGUCCAAGUGGAUGGGCGAAGGUGAGAAGCUUGUGCGUGCGCUCUUCGAGAUGGCGCGCGAGUUGCAGCCGUCCGUCAUCUUUAUGGACGAGAUCGAUGCGGUGCUCUCAGCCCGCGCAGGCGCCAGCGAACACGAAGCCAGUCGCCGCCUCAAGAAUCAAUUUCUCGUGCAAAUGGACGGUGUCGCGUCUCGAAGCGUCGACCGGGUGCUCGUUCUCGGCGCCACCAACCUUCCGUUCGAGCUCGACGAGGCACUUCUUCGCCGCCUUGAAAAACGGAUUUACGUGCCCCUCCCGGACCCGCCGGCGCGGGAAGCUCUUCUAUUGCAUGCCCUCAAGCCGCACGCAUGCGCGCUUACAUCGCGCGACAUUGAACGCAUCGUGCGCGAGACGAACGGGUUUUCGGGCAGCGACGUGCGGACGCUCUGCAAGGAGGCAGCGAUGGGUCCACUGCGCAGCGUCGGCGCGCGCCUCGCCCACAUCUCCAAAGACGAGCUCCGACCGAUUGCGAUGAGUGACUUUACGGCGGCCCUCAACCGUGUGCGCCCCAGUGUGUCGGAAGCCACGCUCGGUCGUUUCGACGCAUGGAACGACGCGCACGGCGCCGCCUCGUGACGCACCUCGUCAUGUUUUGAACUCUAAUCGUAUGGAUCGCUC